AUUUGAAGAAUUCCGAUCGACUAUAUUCGGGUCGUGACGAUCAUCCAAAACUGCUGCUGACGUGAACGGCAUCUAACGCAACUUCACGGUCCUCCUUUGAAACGUUUCUUCGCGGAAUUGAAAGUGACAAGAAAUAUGGCCUUUGGAGCUGGAAGCCACGUGACCCUGGUUGGGAUCUCAUGCCUCAUUGUUUUUCUCGCCUGCAUAACAAAUGCCGUGCCAACAGAUCGACUUCGACCUGUUGCUGUUUCCGCGGAAGAUCACGGCAAGCCGGAUUUCCAUGUAAUUAGCAACGCAGCUCGUUUGGAAAAACGAGAAGCUCAGCAAGAACCCGUAGAGAACGCUGAUGAUCACGCAUUGGACAAGAAAUCCUUCGGAGGAAUGGGUGCCAGCGGGUUCCACGGAGACACCUUCAGCAAUGGAUUCGGUUCAUUUUCAACCAUGAAAAGGAGUCCUUUUGGAGGCGGAGCUCGUGGGUUCCACGGAGACGCCUUUUCCAACGGGUUCGGCGAGUUCUCCACGAUGAAGAAGAAGAAGUUCGGCUCUGGACAGAUGGACAGUGCAUUUCAUGGUCGCAGCGCCUUUUCUGGCGGCUUCGGCGACUUCUCCACCAUGCGCAAACGGUUCAUGGGACCAUCCGGGUUCCACGGAGAUACCUUCUCUCAAGGUUUCGGAGGGUUUUCGACCAUGAAGAGAGCCCAAGAUCUGCCCUAUGACACGCGAUUGAAUGACUUGACGUUGGCGGCUCUGCUGGAAUCCAUUCAACUUGCCAAGGCUGACCGACUGAGAGCAUCUGACGACGAAUACUAAUAUCAUCCUGGAUCCACCGAAAAAAAAACAACAACAACAAAACAUCUUCUGUCUAGAUGCAGAGAAGAAUGCUUAAAAAUAAAAAGAGAAAAGGGAAAACUUGAUCGGUGCUGAAUUUGCUGCUGCUGAUGCUUGACUGCGUUUUCACAGCAUCGUUUAUAUAUAUAGGCUUGACACCUGCUAUCUCCUAUAUUAGCUGCUAUUGCUUUGCUGGAAAUAAAUAAAGCGAGUAGGAGGACUCCGUGUGAGACAGUCAUUUAGAAAAAAAAUCUCAAUCUACUGCAGCUAAUUGAUUUUCGAUCAAAUGUUUUCAAUCUCGACUCACUCUCUCUGUAUGCAAUCGUUUUUUUUUUUUAUAUGGCUGGGCAUUGAGUGGAUGCAUUCCACGGAAAUUUGCUUGUUAUUGUCGUUCUUUUUUCUCACUAAAAUGCGAUGAUUGAAGAGUAUAAUAAAUUGGAUCCGAAGUAGUUACGAUUAUAUUCUGAUAACCCCGAGAAAAAUGAACUCAGGAACUAAUGCGUCCGUUCCACGCAUUAAAUUUGUUUUCCGAUCCUUCGAUAUACUUCAUGAAAACCUUAAUUGCAUUAAAGUUUACUUAGUGAACAGAUUCAAAUUGGGAUCAGAUGCGGGACUUUGGGUUGCUAAGCUUGAGGGAUUUAUUAUUUUUUCUUUUGGAUGUUAGACGCGUAAAUUCUCUGAGAAUACGUCGUUGACUUCAUUCACGGCUUCAUGAAAAAAAAACCAAGGAAAAUGUUGCUACUAAAUAUUUGCAUUGCAGUAUUCGGGAAAAUUGCGGGGGAGAGGGAAACGAAAAAGCGGGGAUUUGCGGAAAAUGUGGCUGAAAUUUCAUCGGGGUCAUGUUCACUCGCAAAAUCGUGUCAUUUUUUUUUGUCCGCUGCGAAGAGGCCAAGAAAGAAAAUACAAUGCUAUGGAGAA